UAUCCCUUACUUUCAAAUCUAUAUAACCAGAAUUGAGAGGAGGGGGAAAGGGGAAAAAAUGGUAAAAAUGAUUCCAGCACAUACAUAAUUUACAAUACACAGUGGGAAAACCCUCAGAGUCCAAUAAUGCAGUUGGGUCAGACCUGUCCCUCACUCCACUCUUUUCCUGAAGAAAGUUGAUAUUCUAUAAUAGUGGUUACGCCCCUGAACUGAGCACUGAGUGCCUCCGGAACAUUUAAAAGGUAAGAUAUAAUACUCUGCUGCUAUACAGUGCUUUUUAGGGCAUUCAAAGCAUUUCCCACAUUCUAUCUUGCAGUAAUCCUUACAACAAUCCUGAACGGGAGGCUGGUAUUCUGACUACCAUAUUGUGGGUGGGGCCAAGGAUGAUGGAGUGGCUUACUGAGGGUCAUUAACUGAGCCCAUAGCAGCAGUAAGAUCUGAACCUCGGGCUUUCUGAUUCAUAGUCUCUUAGACAGUGAACUGCACCACUGCUCUUAUGGGUGCCCCUUCACUUCCUGAAUGACAGGAAUAAAAAGGUGCCAGGUAUAAUAGUAAGAGGACCACAGGCUUCUAGAUCCUGCAAGACCCGGAGUCUUCCAUUUGACAGCGAUUAGCUCUCACUACUGAGAUCUGGUGCUGGCAGUUAUGAAACCUGAUAGCCGAUCAUCUCGGGCUUUCAUGUAAACCCUAAAGAAAUGUCCAAUGGCUAGCUAGACUUGAAAACAAAUGGCUAGCUAGACUUGGUUUCCCCUUUUGAAAGUCAAGGUGAAGAAGACUGAUGUUUUGAUGUAUUGGUUGCUAUCUGUAGGGAGCUUGUGAAAACUGGCUUUCUACCAGGCUGGUUGAACUGAGUUUCCCUUCAUUAACUCUGGUGUGAGUGGUGUCCCCUGGUCUGCUUUGCUGCCUCUGUCAUGACAUCACUUUCUGGCUCCUACAUCAUAACCUGCAGGUUGCCAUAGGAACAGCAAUACACUUUUUUUUUGGCAUCAUCACUAUUCAGUGGUUUAUUUCUCAGCUGAUGCUCAAUCAGUAGGGAGUGGAGGACGUGGUCUGUGUGGUUAUAUACAUAUAUAUAUAUAGUAUUUUAGUCUCUCUUGAGGACAUCUCUCAUCAUGGCAGGUAGGAAAUUGUGCCAUUAGAUUAAAGGGUAAUAAUAACUUGAAACUUGGGACUGUGUGAUCUACCGGAUAAGGUCUACAAAUGUGCUGAAUUUCAAAGAUCAUAUAUUUUUGGCAUUUUUCUCUCUCUUCAUAUGCCAGGCUACCAGAGGUUAAAAUGUUAUUAAAAAUUGACACUCUGCUCCUUUCCCCGCAAUCUGGUUUAAAAAAAAAAAAAUUAAAAAAAUUCAAUCAAUACAACACAGAGCCAAUUGAGGCUACAAGGAGUCCAGUGUUAAGAAGAGUUUGUUGGUUAUUGAGGAUGCAGGUACAAAUUGAUGGGAGACAACUGAAAACAAAAUUCGAGAAAGAAUAUCAUCCCAAAAUUUGAUUUGAGUGGAUGGAGGUUAUAAACUGACCAUCCCUUAUUGACAAAUGCAAUUAAUGGAAACCAUAUUUCAAAAGACUUGUCUUGUUUGGUUACUUCUCUAGCUAACCUGGUUUGAUGGGUCAGCUUGUCAGAUAAUGCAAUCUUCUAGACCCUACUGAACCAGGUUUCAAUGAAUAGACCCUUUGGGGAUUUCCAGUGUUUAGCUACCUCUAUUUGGCUGCUGCUAGCAGCAGAGUUGGUAUAUCUUUGUGAGUACUCUUGUAAACUGCUAAAAGUGCUAACUUUGGAUCAGGCUGAAGAUUGAGUUCGACUAUUUCCCAGAUUAUAUGAAACAAAUUCUGUCAAUAGCCUUUCACGUAUGGGCAACCCCACCAUAAAGGAAGGAGAGUACCUCUGUUUUUCCAUCCCUGCCAACAAAACAGGGAAGACGUUUGAGAGAUAUCCUGCAUCUUGAUUAGAGUAAGAUGUCCUCUCUGUACAGGCUUGAAUGUUGCCUCCCUUAUCUGGGCAGAUGUGGUGGUUCUAAUCAGUUGCUUCAGCCCAAUUGCUUCCCAUUCAGUCUCUUCAAGAGAGGUUCCUAAAUCAGUUCCCCAUGUUGUUUUUAGCCCUCCCAAGGAACUAAAAGAUGUGGAAAUUAUGGUAUUGUAUAUAAGUGUAUGUAUGUGUUGGUUUAUUUCAGCCCAAGGCCAGCAUAAAUACAAAAAGAAAAAGAAACAACAGCAGCAGUAAAGACAUAAUAUACAUAAAACAUUAAUACCUUCAGAUACCGUAUACAAGUGAGGCAAUCCCUCUUGUUUUGUUAGUUGGUGAAAUACGUAAGAUUACAUUGAUAGAUAGUCAAAGACCUAGUUGCCUCUCCUCUCUGUAGCAACUUGGAUGCAAAGGGCCAGAUUUGAAGUUUCUGCAUCCAAGUAGCUCGGAUGCCAAUCAGAAUUGUACCAGGUUUAGCCUCUGAUGCUGGUUUACCUCUUUCAGUAAUGUCCCUCAGUGGGUAAAUCCUUUUUGUCUCCCACUUCAAAUAUUGUUGAUAUUUGCUUGGGUCUGCAAACAAAGGAUGGUCUAAAACAGGGAAGAGUGGUGAAGUGGGUUGUGCAAAUGUCAUAGCUCAGGGAGGGACACCAGAUUCUCAGUGUGGAGGCCAAGAAGGGGUUACUCAAACUUGCUAAUUUAGCUUCAGUUACCUGUUUAAAUGUAAACCGCCCUGAGCUAUUUUUGGAAGGGUGGCAUAGAAAUCUAAUUCAUUCAUUAAUAAAUAAUAAUAAUAAUAAUAAAGGGGAGAGCUCAAAUUAUUUGAGCAUCUGCUGAGAACUCUAUAGAAACCCAUGGAAUCACUUGAUCGUUUUGAAUGAUAUGAAUGAGUUGCUUGAGUUGGAGGGCAUCAAAAUAAAGCUUGUUUGGGAGGCUGUAUAGUGAACUUUUGUUUACUCUUGCUUUCUUAUAAUUAUUGGGAAAAGCUCAAAGUGCUCCCUGCCACCUUUUAAAGUAUUUGGGAUGAAUCCAAAUAGGUAAUCUUUGAAAAAGAAAAAGAAAUUUGGGCAGAACUACUAUUUUUUAUGGUUGAUAUUCACCCUAACCAGGAGAGAUUCAGCUGAGCCUAAUUUUUAAUAUCCUUUUUGAGUUGUGAAAAAGAGAGAGUCUAUGCUUAUUUUCCUUAAUGGCUUUAGAUCCUUUAGAUCCUUAUCACUUCUGGAUAUCUGAAGCUUGAAUAUUGUAAGCUUAUAUUAGACAUUUGCUGCUGAAGUUUCCUUUGUUCUUCUAUACAAAUGUGGAUGAAUAUAAGUUCUGACUUCUGAUAAAGUGUUUCUAGACCAGCUGUUUGUUUGUAAAGUGUUAAUGUUUCCUUGACUGCUAGUAUUGCUUCCCAUGGAUUAGGUGAAAGUCAUAUGAUGUCGUCUGCAAAUAAAUUGGUUGUAUGUCUUUUUUUUACCACUGAUUUGAAACCCCUGAAUUUUUGUGUCAUUUUUAAUUGUCAGCUAGUACUUCAACUGCAAUGGCAAAGAGCACUAGGGGAAGGGGACAGCCCUGCUUCGUACCCAGAAAUAGCUUGAUUGGGUUUGAAUCUAGCUAUUUUUCGGUUGGGCAUCAAACCUGUUUGGUCCUCAGAAAUGUACUCAGUGAUGAAAAGGGUGAUCCUAUUGGCCAAGAUAGCAGUGAAACAUUUCAAGCCCUGGUUCACUAAUGCUAUGGGGUGAUAUGAUCCCAGGGAGGAAUUGUCUUUGGCUUGCUGAGGUAGAACAACUAUUCUAGAUUGCUUCCAAGUCCCUGGGAUCACAGCCCCCUGCGUUACGCUGUUGAAGGAGGAAUGCAAAUUUCAGCAAAAAUUAUGAAAAAGCCAUCAAGCCCAGGUGCUAUAUGUCGUCCCCCCCACCCACCCACCCCAGCACCGUUAAAUGCAUUAAUACAAGAAUAAUGUGACGUCCUGAGACUUGCUUCUGUCCAAACAAACUAGACAGAUUGUGUAAACCGCCUGGAGAUGUGAAUUGUGGUGGUAGAAAAAUGUGUAAAAUAAAGAGACAUGACAUUAAAACGAUUCUUCCUUUCCUUCUAGGGGCAGAGGAGGAAAAGCCUAGUGGGAGGAGGCCCAUCACCUCCAGCAGCCUCAUGGUGGCUCGGAAGCUGCUGCUGUCUCCCCUGCUGCGGGAGCGUGGGGCUGCUUCCGGGAAGGACACCCUUUUCUUUGAUGGGCCAGCCCCUGUGGCUGGCCCAUCAAAGAAAAGGGUGAAGCACCCCAAAACAUCAAAGAGGCAGCCCCCCGCAGAAAGCAGCAGCAAGGGGAAGCCACCACAGGAGGGCAGACCAUCAGCCCUCCUGGGCAAGGCCGGUCUGCGUCGGGCUAACAAGGCACCAGGUGGGGGUGUGCCUUCUGGGGAGAAACCCCUUCCCCACCUGGGGGAGGGGAGACUCCCCAGAAGGAGGCUGGAGGCUGCGGGGGAUACAGCCAGGAGAUUGCUGCACAUCCCCAGGAGCAACCUGAGUCUGCACCUUGGGGAGGCUGGGCAGGGCGUCUCCCCGCUGGGGGGGAACCGUUUCUCGGGCUUGUCCCGAGAGACGGUUCUUCCCCAGAUCCCUUCAACUGGGAAGACGACCCUGACCCCAAUGGGGAGACCCCCGCCAAAGCCCUUGCCAUCAUGGCAACAUCCAUCUGCUUGGCGGGGGCCCGAACCAUUGCCAGCGCUCAUGAUCAAAGCGCUGGGGCCCCCCAAGGCAGACACAGAGCCUUGCUCCUGGGGACAUCCCCCCUCAGUCUCCAGCUCUGUGGCCAAACCACCGCCACCACACUUCCCACCGAAGCCACGCCCUUGGGAAGAACCACCAUCUCAUCUUUCCCAAGGGCCGUGGCUUCAGGUGCGAGCCCUACGCAGACCGGCUGAUGUGCCGGUGGCAACCCCUUGGCGGUGAGACAGCAGCAGUGGAAGGCCACCACCCAAAAUACCAUCGUCGGGGCUGCUGGAGGACCUCCACUAGGUCUCGCCCAUUCUGCCUUGCCAUGAUGGGAGAACUGGUUCUUCGCUGCCCUUGGGAUGAAUCACCAUCUCAACUUUCCCAAGGGCCGUGGCUUCAGGUGCAAGCCCUACAGAGACCAGCUGAUGUUCCGGUGGCAACACCUUGGCAGUGAGACAGCAGCAGUGGAAGGCCACUACCCCAAAUACCAUCAUCUGGGCUGCUGGAGCACCUCCACUAGGUCUCGCCAGUUCUGCCUUGUCAUGAUGGGAGAACUGGUCCUUUGCUGCCAUGAACCAAAGUGAGGACCCCUGUCCACUCUGGAUGAGACCUCUUCUGAGGAGCAGCAUUGGGUACAGAACCUGGACGUACUUCAGACCUCAGACGAUCCAGGACCCCCAAGAUCAUCUCAUGCCCCAAGGCCUGACGACUCACCAUUACCACCAGACACAGUGGGAUGCCACCACCCCAAAUACCAUCAUCUGGAGGACUCACCAUUACCAGUAGACUCGGAUUCUGAGGGGUCAGCAAGGUGUAGAUACUGGAGCCUAAGAAGCAGGAAUAACACCAUCACUGAAUGGAAUUAACAGGAAGGACAGAAGAAAUUAGUAACUAUGGAAGCAGAUUGGCAGCCUUUCUUUGUCUUUCCAGAAGAGGGACAGGAAGGGAUGCUCUUGGACAGCCACAGGCUAGUCUUUCCUCUCUAGAUCUGCUCAGCAUCCUGAAUACUUCCCCAGAGAAGAGAAUGAAGAAUGAAGGACAGCUGGGUUGCCUGGAAAACUGAGCGUCAUCUGUGGAGCUUCGUUUCCAUAGCAGCUCUGAUUCAAGUGGGAAAGUCUUGAAACUGUCUUAUGGACUGUGACAGAGGAAAUACAACCUCCAUUUUGUGUCGGGACAUUCCUGUGCAUAUCGGAAAGACUUCAGCACUUUUUGUGCAUCACAGAAGAUAGGCUUCAGGAUCCAGACUAGGAGCUAAGGUCAAAGGAUUCAUCUCUUGGGUUGGUUAUCUAAAAAAUGUCGAUCCAUUUAACGUGGGAUGUAAACAGUGAAUUGGUUUCUAUACAUGUUUGUCUUUGCUUGUUGAAUGUGUACCAUUUACAUUUGUCUUGGUAGCCUGUUUUGCAACAUUUAAGUAUGUUGUGUAUAUAUAUAUAUCCUUUCAAUGUUCUGAAGAGAAAAUAACACACUUGGCAGACUGAAAUUGUGGCAACUUGUGAAUAAACCAUCCUCUGG